AUGAAUAUACAGAAUUAUCAGGCCCAGCCACUACAGCCAAAUCAGGCCCAAUAUUUGCAACAGCAACAAGUGCCACAACAACAGAAAGUCACUCCUUUACAAUUCAAUGAUCUGUUCCAUGGUAUGAAUACUGCUCAACAGCAGCAACAACAACAACAACAGCAACAACAGCAGCAAGUUUCUAGUGCUGGUGGUGUUGGUGGUGGUGCCGGUGUUAAUAGUGCUGGUGCUGCCAAUGGUAAUUUGAUUAAUGGUAAUAAUUUAAAUCCAUCUCAAUUAUUAGCACAAACUUUAUUUCAAGGUCAAUAUAAAGUCCCUACUCCUCAACAACAACAAAGGUCUUUGAAUUUACCUCAACAACAAGUUUCAAAUCAACAACAAUCUUCAUUACAACCUGGUAUUUCAUCUUUUGGUCAACCUCAAUUACAACAAGGUCAGGUACAAGGUCAGGUACAAGGUCAAAUACAACCCCAAUUGCAUCAACAACAACAACAGCAACAAGCCCAGGCCCAAGCUCAAGCUCAAGCCCAGGCUCAAGCUGUUCAAGCUCAAUUACAACAACAACAACAAGCUCAACAAGUUCAACAACAACAAGUUCAACAAGCUCAUCAUCAAUUUCAACAACAACAACAAAACCAAUUACAUUCUAUUGAUUUAGACCCUUCCCUUGCAUCAUCACCUUUUUGGAAAGAUCAAUUACAAUUGGUUGAUUUAUCAAGAAGAUCAAAUUCUUCACAUUAUUAUGCGAGAUUAGCUGCAUAUCAAUCAAGAAAAUUAAAAUUAAAUAAUGAAUCAAAUAAUCAAUCAAAUUCUUCAAAUAAUGGAUCAACAAAUCAACAAUCAAAUAAAUCUUUAAAUUUAGUUGAUUUAACAAAACAAUUAUUAACGAAUAAUGGUGAACAAACUUCAAGUUCUGCAAAUAUUGAUCCAAAUAAUUCUGCACUUUUACAAAAUAGAAAAGUUUCUCAUUCUAUUUACCCUAAUGAUGAUAAUGUAAAUAAUAAUAACAAUAACAAUAAUGAUGAUGAUGAUGAUGAUGAAGUUUAUGCUGAACAACAACGUGCAAAUAAAAAAUCAAAUAAAGCUCCUCAAUUAUGGGCUUCAUUAGAUUUAAGUGGUCAAUCAAUUCCAAAUUUAUCACCAAAAAUUUUUGAUUAUAAAUUUUUAACAAAAUUAUAUCUUAAUGGUAAUAAAUUAACCAAAAUUCCUAAAACAAUUAAAAAUUUAAAAAAUUUAAAAAUUUUAGAUUUAUCUCAUAAUCAAUUAUCAAAUUUACCAUUUGAAAUUGGUUUAUUAUAUAAUUUGAAAUAUCUUUAUCUUUUUGAUAAUAAUAUUGAAACUUUACCAUAUGAAUUUGGUAAUUUAUUUGAAUUACAUUUCUUAGGUAUCGAAGGAAAUGUUAAUUUUAAUCCAGAAUUUACUAAAAUUUUAGCUCAAAAGGGUACAAGAUCUUUAAUUAUUCAUUUAAGAGAUAAUGCACCUGAAUUAGAUUCAUUACCAAAAAGACCUUGGGUUACAUUAAAAGAAGAUGGUGAAAGAUUAACAGAAAUUGAAGAUGAAAAUAAUCAAGAAGAUAAUAAUAAAGUUGAUGAAGAAAUUUCUUCAAAUAAAGAUUUAAAUUCAUUUACUGCAUUAUCUUUUAAUUUAUUAUGUCAUCAUUAUGCUACUGCAAAAUUAUUUAGUUAUGCACCAUCAUGGGCAUUAAAUUGGGAUUAUAGAAAAGAAUUAAUUACUAAACAAUUGGAAGAAUUUAAUUCUGAUGUUAUUUGUUUACAAGAAGUUGAAUUUUCAUCAUAUGAAAAUUAUUGGGAAAAUUAUAUGUCAAAAUUAGGUUAUUCAAGUAAAUAUCAUGCAAAAUUAAGAUAUAAAAGACUGAAUCCAACUGCAGCUAAAAAAGUUGAUGGUUGUGCAAUUUUUUGGAAAAAUGAUGUUUUUGAAUUAAUUGAAUAUAAAGAAAUUGAUUUCACUACAAUUGUUAUGGGAUUAAAUAAAUAUAAAAAAUCAAAUGAUGUUUUCAAUAGAUUACAAAAUAGAGAUAAUAUUGCAAUUUUAUCAAUUUUAAAACAUAAACAUUCUGGACAAUUUGUUUUAGCUGCAAAUACUCAUUUACAUUGGGAUCCUGAAUUAAAUGAUGUUAAAACUGUUCAAACAGGUGUGUUAUUAGAAGAAAUUGAAAGUUUUGUUAAGAAAUAUAUUGGUAAUAAUGAAUCAUUAAAAGAUUUCCCAAUGUUUAUUUGUGGUGAUUUUAAUUCUCAAUUACAUUCAGCUGUUUAUCAAUUAUUUUCCACAGGUUUUGUUAAAGAACAUAAAGAUGUUGAAGGUAGAGAUUAUGGUAAAUUUACAGAAGAUGGGUUUAAACAUCCAUUUAAUUUAAAAUCUGCUUAUAAAAAUCUUGGUGAUGAAGAAUUACCAUUUACAAAUUAUACACCAAGUUUUGUUGAUGUUUUAGAUUAUAUUUGGUAUACACCAAAUACAUUAUCAGUUUGUGGAUUAUUAGGUGCGAUUGAUAAAGAAUAUGUUGAACAUUAUAUUGGAUUCCCAAAUGCUCAUUUACCAUCUGAUCAUAUUCCUUUAUUAGCUAAAUUUGAAUUAAAACCUCAUGUUGCUAAAGAAAAACCUUCAAAUUUCAAAGCUGAUUUUAGACCAUCAAGAAAGACAUAG